AUUGUCCAUUUUGCACCACCGAUCGAUCGAGCUCUAGGCUCUAGCUAGCGCGCUGCAUAUGUGAGGCAACUUUUCAUUUAUCUGACACACGUACUUACGGCCCACGAUGGCCGCCGCCGCCGGCCUCCCGUGGUGGCUGCUGCUCCUCGCCGUGGUCCCGGCCGUCACCGCUGCGGCCACCGCCGGCGGAGAGGGGAGGGCGCCGGCGCUGUUCGUGUUCGGCGACUCGCUCAUCGACAGCGGCAACAACAACAACCUCGCAUCGCUUGCCAAGGCCAACUACUUCCCCUACGGCAUCGACUUCGCCGGCGGCCCCACCGGCCGCUUCUGCAACGGCUACACCAUCGUCGACGAGCUCGCCGAGCUGCUUGGACUGCCCCUGGUGCCACCCUACUCUGAAGCCUCGUCCGUGCAGCAUGUCCUGCAGGGCGUCAACUACGCCUCUGCCGCCGCCGGGAUCCUCGACGACAGUGGCGGCAACUUUGUCGGGCGGAUCCCAUUCAACCAGCAGAUCCAGAACUUCGAGACGACCGUGGCGCGGAUCGCCGGCGCGGCGGGCGCGGCGGCGGCGGCGGACCUGGUGGCGCGCUCCGUCCUGUUCGUGGGGAUGGGCAGCAACGACUACCUCAACAACUACCUGAUGCCCAACUACGACACGCGGCGGCGGUACGGCCCGCAGCAGUUCGCGGACCUGCUCGCGCGGCAGCUGGCCGCGCAGCUGGCCAGGCUGCACGGCGCCGGGGGCAGGCGGUUCGUGGUGGCCGGCGUGGGGUCCGUGGGCUGCAUCCCGAGCGUGCGCGCGCAGAGCCUCGCGGGGCGGUGCUCGCGCGCGGUGGACGACCUCGUGCUCCCCUUCAACGCCAACGUGCGGGCGCUGGUCGACCGCCUCAACGGCAACGCUGCCGCCGGCCUUCCCGGCGCCAGCCUCACGUACCUCGACAACUUCGCGGUGUUCAGGGCCAUCCUCACCGACCCGGCCGCGUUCGGCUUCGCCGUCGUCGACCGCGGGUGCUGCGGCAUCGGCAGGAACGCCGGGCAGGUCACCUGCCUGCCCUUCAUGCCGCCGUGCGACCACAGGGAGCGCUACGUGUUCUGGGACGCAUACCACCCCACGGCGGCCGUCAACGUCAUCGUCGCCAGGCUGGCGUUCCACGGCGGCGCUGACGUCGUCUCGCCCGUCAACGUCCGUGAGCUUGCCGGCAUGUGACAAGAUGAUCGGAGCGGACAUAUAUUCUCCUAUAUAUAGCAAUAAUAAUUUGUUUGGUGAAUUAUUGUAUCAGUAGAUUUUGUGCUACAAGCCUCCAUCCACAAACCAUGCAUGUAGUAGUUAUUUGUUACUCCGAUCUAUUUAUAAAUUCGCUUUGCACUG